GUAACUAUAGUAACGAAAAAACAUCCAAACCCAUUUAACUUUCGAACUAAUAAAAAAAAAUUUACAGUUUACAUAUAAAAAGAAAAAAAAAACAUAAAAUUUAAUAAUGGUCGUGGUCAGGGUUAAUUUGGCAGAAUUGCCAAUUGAGAUUCUCGAACAAAUAGUUGCUGAACUGGACCCAGAUGAGGUUGUCACUUCAGUAAGCAAGAUAAGUACAAAAUUUGCUACAAUCGCCUACAGGGUCAUGAGGAAGGAAUUUCGAAAGUUAGCACCUAUGAUAGAAUCACAGCUGAAUGCGACAAAGACUAGGAUAUCAGCAUCGGCCGGAGACCCUAGAUCACUUCAAGCAGAGAUGAAAGAAGUUGCCAAUUUCACGUUUCUUCAGAUAAUGAAAUCCGAGUACAACAUUAUUUGCACGAUAUAUUUUGAAGAGAAUUCUUUAAGCCAAAGCACACUUGUGUUCAAAGCUGUGAAAAGCCUGCAGGAAUUUCAGAGAUUAUUAAAAGGAUCGGAAAAUAGUUCUAUUAACAUUAAAGAUGACAAUGUUUCAUCACUUAUGAAUGAACUAAGAACUAUUAACUCUGAAUUAUUAAGUUAUUUCUUUGUACAUACAUGGGAUAUGGAAAAGGACCACAUGGGAUUAUUGAUACUGAAGUUUUUAAAUUGCUCACUCUGCUCCAAUUCUUGUGUUCGUAUUUCGUAUGAACAAACUCCAAAAUAUAAAGAUUCAAGAUGCUACAUCAGUGGUAAUUUUGAAAUUGUAGACUUCAGCAAUACUGUUGUUCCACCGCCACUAGGCCUUCAGCAAAUGCCACAGAACGAAGCGAGACGAGCACUCGCCUCAUACAUCUGUGAAACAAUACGAUGGGGUAAUUUAUUUCAUACACUCCGUUUACGUUGGAUAUGCAUGGACAGAGCACUGGCCAUGGGAAGACGACAGUAUCCAGGAUGGCCUCUUCUCGACGCUAAAAAUGUUUACAUAUCUGGACCACCAAAAGUCAACGUUAGGGAAGAAGUCAAAGAAGUGCGUAAAGGAGAAAUGAAAGUUCUGCGCUAUAUCGAUAAAAGGAUGGAACAAAUGAAUCUCGAUUCAGACAACUGGGUUGGAACAAGGGUUGAUUUCCAACUGUGGUGUCUGUCAGAAGAAGCUCCACCAGAUAUGUUUCCCGAGGCUUAUUUGGCCAAGCUCGGAGAACUUCCGGAAAUGGACCUCAACGAGAACACAGAUAGUGGAGCGUAUCUAGUUCCGUACAGGUUUUUGAUGGAGUACAAAGUGUACUCCGCUGCUCAAAGCACGCACAAUAACAGCCUUGCCCAAUCGACCAUUUGGUUACAAGAGACAGCGGGAUCGACCAAAAUAAUUCAAAGUAGGCAACUUCUGGCAGCAUAAUGUUGAUCAAUGCUUCAAAAUAAACAUGAUACUAUCAAUAAAAUUUUUAACACAUAAAA